UAAAAUAUUCGAGACGGCAAAUCGCUCGCGGAAAAAAAAAAAAUCAUUCGACGCAGCAUCACCAGUGGCAAUACAUUCCACUAACCCUUCCAAGACUCUCACUUGACGUACUGUUGACUGGAUAUUUUCGUUAUUAGCUCUAAAGCUUAGGAAGCGUGUUUAUUUGAACUUUUUGACUGGCUGUCACUUUCCUGGUUGCGUGACUCGGGCUUCGGACACUUGUACGAAAUAGAAGACACUGAAAUUUUUUUCUUCGUGGAUCUAUUAUUACCCCGAUGUGCCACAGAACUUGUCAUCUCUACACACUAUAGCACGCUCAGUCAAACUACUGCCUUGGAAGACUGUCACAAUCGAAAAAUCGUCGAGGAAACUUUACGAAGGAAAGAAAAUCAUGAUUCGUAUUCUCGCUUUGCUGUUCUGCUGCAUGAUUUUAAACACUGUUGAAGGGUCACCUUCAAAAUGCAAAGAUGGACAAUUUUUAGACGUUCAGAAUCAGUUGUAUAUUGCCUGUGAUGAGUGCGAAGACGACUGGAUGGGAUGUUCAAAUUGCUGUAAACCAGCUACUGAUGCCCCAAAUACCAUAGCUGACAUCCCCAUCGCUUCUGCUGAGGAUGCGGAGUCCCAAGAUCGACGGGUUCUCAAGACCUUCCUUUAUGGCUUUGUGUUAUUUGUCAUUGCUAGCGUCCUCUUUGUGCUGUUAGCUGUGGUGAUAAAAGUCACACGUGAACGUCGUGCACAGUGUGAUGUCGAAGCACGUGACAGAAAUGCUUCAAAUGCUACAGAUAUUUGCGAGGUGUAUUACCCACCAGCAACGAACGCUGAUGACCUAGCCAGUGGGAGCCAAGAAAAGAGUAAGACAGGCAUUCUGUCAGGAGCUGUGAAUUUGGCAUGCGAUGGAGAAGAUGGACUACCUGUAAGCGAUAAAUCCCAAACAUCAAAGUUAUAACAGAGCAUAAAGCAGUAUUUGACAUCUGAAGAUAUAUUGUUGGCAAGUGCCAUCACAUCAUAAACAUAAAGACAUUAGACAUUAGUUACAUUGUCAAUGCACAAGCCUUUCAUCAGAGGAUAUUAUCUCAGCACCAUCAUAGUGUUGAAUACAUGUUUGUAAUAGAGCUUAUUGCAAAUUUGUUGAAGCUACUGCCUACAUAAUGCUUACAGUUUCUCAUAUAUGAGAGCGACGCGCAUUUUGCUGAUAUAAGAACAUUUGAUUUUAGGAUUAUGUUCUCUUGUUCUUGCCCAUUGUCAGGCAGUUGUCCAGACAUUUCUUUCAUUUCCAGUGGAAAAAAGGACAGCUUUAUUUAGUUAGGGAAGAUUCUAGAGGCCGUCCUUUAUUUGGAUGCCAUUUUAUUGAUAGACUGUUUUAUCAGAGAGGGGUACAUAGGUACCCACCCAGUGUAUUCUAGACCCAUAGGAGUCAGAUGUGAUAUCUGAUUUUCAACUAAGGAUCUAGAAUUAUAGACACUGACCAAAUUGGUCGAGACCGAAAUAGCUGAGUUGUUAUCAGUUUAGAGAAGUUUACCAUGUGAUCAGAAUAGAUUAUUAUCAUUGUUAGCCUUCUAGCCGGCUCUUUAGUGAGGUGAUUCAGAAAUUAUGGUUUUAAGAGCCGGCUUGAAGGCUAUAUUAUUAUUAGUAUUAGUUAUUUCAUAGGUUCACAGAUAUUAUUAGUAAAGCGAAUACAUUUA